AGUCCCGCCCCUAUUGGCGAGCCCCCCUUUUGAAUGGGGACAGGGUAGUCUGGAAACUACAGCUCCUCCGGAGGAGUUGGAAGCAGGCGCUGCCUCCGGAGCCCCCCGGAGCCCCGGGAGGCGAUGUUUUUGGAUGAGGUGGACGGAGUAGCCCAGCGCUUACGGACAGCGGCUUAACCACCCUGCUCCCCCCACCCCUAAUUCCACCCCAGAGCCACCAUGCACCCGGCCUGCGCUGUCGGCCUGGUGUUCGCCGGCUGUUGCAGUAACGUGAUCUUCUUGGAGCUCCUGGCCAGGAGGCAUCCAGGAUGUGGGAACAUCGUGACAUUUGCACAGUUUUUAUUUAUAGCCAUGGAAGGCUUUAUCUUUGAAGCUAACUUGGGAAGGAAGAGGCCUGCUAUUCCAAUAAGGUAUUAUGCCAUCAUGGUGACCAUGUUCUUCACUGUCAGUGUGGUGAAUAAUUAUGCCCUAAAUCUCAACAUUGCCAUGCCCCUGCAUAUGAUAUUUAGAUCAGGUUCUCUAAUUGCCAAUAUGAUUCUAGGCAUUAUCAUUUUGAAGAAAAGGUACAGUGUAUCCAAAUAUACUUCCAUUGCUCUGGUGUCUAUGGGGAUUUUUAUCUGUACUUUUAUGUCUGCCAAACAAGUGGCAUCCCAGUCCAGCUUGAGUGAGAAUGAUGGAUUCCAGGCAUUUGCAUGGUGGCUACUAGGGAUUGGUGCACUGACCUUUGCCCUUCUGAUGUCAGCAAGGAUGGGCAUUUUCCAAGAGACACUUUAUAAGGAAUUUGGGAAACACUCCAAGGAGGCUUUGUUUUAUAAUCAUGCCCUGCCACUCCCUGGCUUCAUCUUCCUGGCUUCUGAUAUCUAUGAUCAUGCACUUCUUUUUAAUAAAUCUGAAUUGUAUCAGGUUCCAGUCAUCGGGGUGACAAUGCCUAUCAUGUGGUUCUACCUCCUCAUGAACGUCUUCACUCAGUAUGUGUGCAUCCGGGGUGUGUUCAUCCUCACCACAGAAUGUGCCUCCCUCACAGUGACGCUUGUUGUGACGCUACGCAAAUUUGUCAGCCUCAUCUUCUCCAUCCUCUAUUUCCAGAACCCUUUCACCCUCUGGCAUUGGCUGGGCACCAUGUUUGUCUUUGUUGGGACCUUGAUGUACACCGAGGUCUGGAACAGUCUAGGAUUACCCAGGAGGCAGCCCCAGAAAGAGGACAAGAAGGACUGAGCUUCAUCUGACAUAGACUCUCCUGGAUUUAGGAGGGUGGUGAUGCAGUGAGAGUCUGGCUACCAUCCCACUUUCUUUAAAGCUUACACACCCCAGCAUAGACCCAAAUACAUAUCAGGGAGUCCCCCUGUAGAGGGGAACUUUAGUAUUCCUGAUGUCUGUGCUGACUGAUAUUUGCAGCUGCUGGACCGAGCAUCUAUCCCCCAACUCUGAAGUAGAAAAGGAGUAGUUCUGAUCUCUUGAGCAGAGUAUCCAUUUGUAUUUUUAUUAAAGUGUUAAAGAUAUGUAUUUAUUAAAUUCCAAGGAUGUGAAGGACCUAAUUUUGGACCAGUGGUUCUCAGCCAGGAAUACCCUUUUCACAGCAGCCAGUAGUCCCAAUCCCACCCACUCUAUCACCAGCAACCUUGAACCACUCAGAGCCACCUGACAUAAUCAACAAAACAGUCAGGUGGUUAAUUAACUGAGGAAUGGUAACAUGGGGCUGGUGGCCUCCGUGAAACUGGGGCAGGUCAGGUGGUAGCACCUGGUUUCAUUUGUUCUUAUUGUCUCCUCCAUCCGUCCAGAUGCAAAAUGAUUAUGACACAUUCACUGGAUAUCCUGAUUACAGUGGCCCUGAAACAGUCCAAUUAUAAGCACAGUUGUAUCUGGACCUACCACAGUCCACUAUUAGCCUUUGUGGAAAGGUCAUGGACUGAAUAAGUCUGGUGAAGGCUGAAAUGGCAUCUUCAGGGCAACCCUGAACAAGCUUGCUUCAUGCUGGCUGGCCCUGACAAGAACCUGCAAGCUGAGGUCAGUCCCUUGGGACCAGGACAUUGGUAUUGAGUCUGUUAUAAGGAGGUGUCAGAAGACCUUCGGGCCCAGGGACUUUCAGCUCUGCCCAGGAACUUUGGUGAAGUACAUGAAAAUCAAAGCCUGUCAGGCUACAUCAAGUUACAUCAGGUCAAAUCAUGAUUGUAUUAAAACCAAAAUUUUAUCACAAACUAUCAGCUGAACAUGGCAAAUGCUAUUCUGUUCAUUUUAUGAUGUAUCUGUAUCAGUUGUCUCUUGUUAGACAAUUAAAGAUGGUAUUUGACUCUUUG